UCGGCUCCGGAUUGUGAACAGCUGAGAAUGCUUCGUGCCAGCAUCGCUGCUUGUUAUUACAGUAGCAAUUGCGCCAGGGCACGCCCAGAUAAACAAGCAACCUGCCUGGGAAAGGGCAGACAGACAUGCCGACCGAGCCUGGCCAUUCCCGGGCUCCACACAAAGCGACGUCGGCCGCCCCCGACUUGCUCCGGCCCGGGGCCGGAGCGCAUUACUCGAUAGCCUAUUGUCAUUAGGCGUCGCCUAUCACUUGCUACCACCAGGUCAGAUACACGAACAACACACCAAGAGUCCGCGUGCCCCGUCGCCAACCACUGCAUCUCCCUCCCUCCUUCCCUCCCUUGUUCCAUUUGCGCCUCUCCUCUCCUUCAGGACAACAAAGGCACAUCUCCAAGGCAAGCAUGGCAGACGAAAUCCAGUACAAGCUCGACGACGUCGAGGCUACCUCGGUGGCCCCGAGCGACAUCGACCAGACAUUCCGCUCAUCCAGCAUAGAUCUCAUCUCCGCCGCCAUGGGAGGCAAGGUCAUCGGCUUCUCAGAUGAGUGGUUUGCAGAGGCCGCGAACCUGCUGACGCCCACGCCACCCAUCCACCAGCCGGGCAAGAUGGUGUUCACCGGCGCCUGGUACGACGGAUGGGAGACGCGCCGGCACAACACGGAAGCCUUCGACUGGGUCGUCAUCCGGCUGGGCGUGGCUUCGGGCACAGUUGAGGGAGUCGAGGUCGACACGGCCUUCUUCUCAGGCAACCACGCGCCCUUCAUCUCCGUCGAGGGGUGCUUCAGCCUCGACGACGACGAGGUCCUCUCCUGGAAGGGUACCCGCGGCGGCUGGGAGCCUGUCCUCGGCCUACGCGAGUGCGGGCCCUCACAACGCUUCGCCUGGAAGCUGGCCCAACCCACGGGGAAGCGCUACACCCACGUGCGCCUCAACAUGUAUCCGGACGGAGGUAUCGCCCGCUUCCGCCUCUUCGGCCACGCCGUCCCCGUCUUCCCGGAUGACAAGGACGCCAUCCUCGAUCUCGCGGCCGCCCAGAAUGGCGGUGUCGCCGUGUCGUGCAGCGACCAGCACUUUGGCACCAAGGACAACCUCAUCCUGCCUGGCCGGGGCAAGGACAUGGGCGAUGGCUGGGAGACGAAGCGCUCCCGCGGCAAAGACCAUGUUGACUGGGCUGUCAUACGCCUCGGCGCGCCAGCGCUCAUUCAGCGCCUUGUCGUCGACACCGCUUACUUCAGGGGUAACUUUCCCCAGAAGGUCAAGGUGGAUGCGAUCGAGUGGAAGGGCUCUGGCGAGCCCCCGGCCACAGCUGAGGCAUGGCAGGAGGUCGUGGAGCCGAGCAAGACCGGGCCGGACCAGGAGCACGAGUAUGCCUCCAAGAUUCAGGACAAGCCCUUCACACAUGUUAAGUUGACCAUGAUACCCGAUGGAGGAGUCAAGAGGAUUCGCGUGUUCUCCAAGCGCGCUGUCUAGUAGCAUGAAAAGACUUGGUGUAGCUUAGGUUUAUGAUAUCUCUCUUCCAAACG